ACAGUGACAGCGUGUCACAUCGAGACAAGAAAGUUACUGGAAAGCGGAAGCCAAUUUUACAGUUUAUACUAAAACUUUAGUGCAUUAUCAUGAUAAAAAUCACCAGUAUCAUUACUAUUACUAUUACUAUUAGUAGUAUUAUAUGCAGUGUUACGUUUAUUCAAGCUGAAGUAAUCCAGGCAUCGCGGAUAGGUGUCUCCUUCCAGAACUCUAGGGUUACUCUUUCACCAAUGGAAGGAACAUCUUAUUUAUCUGAGAGAGGGCCUGGAGCCAGUAGAAAUGAAGGAGUUCGUACAAUCAAUUUGAUAUUAAAUGAUGUCGCAUCUGCAGUUGUCAUAGUAAAAACUGAAAUCUGUGUAAGAAUCUCGAGCGUUGCGCCAGAAGGAGCGGUGAGGUACGGUCUCGUGAGUGACCUAGACGGUGACAUCACGGUGAAGUUCCGUGAGGAGUCCGUUAGCGGCUAUGGGAGCGAGGAGGACGUGGCGCCCGUCGUAGUCGCGUACGUGCACGUCGCCACCGUCAGCCGGCAGGAGAAUGACAAACGGGUCGAAUUUUUGUUCUAUAAUGUGGAUGGUGAAGAUCUGGGGAAGGCUGAUCUUCAUCUCACAUGUGUAGACAUUUCACUGGAUGUAGAUGCCGAUAGAGAUGGAAUCGUAGAGAAAAACAGUCCACACAAGAACUCGUGGAAGUGGGGACGGGAUGGAUAUGGCGCUGUGUUGCUGGUGAAUAGUGACUGCGAAACAGCAAAUGAGACUGAAAUGCGGGACACAGAUGACGAGUUAGUGAACGGACCUCUCGACCUGCUAGACAUGGGCCGAAUGAUGCUGCGCACAGAUGGACCUGAACAGCUACCUGAAGGAUACAGCAUGCAGCUGUAUGUGGAUGACAAGUUUGCAGACUAUGUGGGAGUGUUUUACCUCACUGCGGAUACAGAAGCAAUGAUGAAGAACAAGCAUGUUAUUGGUCCGAGACAGAGAGCCGCAGAAGUACUUUAUCCAGGAAUGGGUGGCGAAGUAGAGUUUGCUGUUGAAGGCUUGAGUUUUCCUGAUCGCUAUUUUGAAGGAUUCCUGCAUAUUCAUCUAGCCUUGUUCAAGGAUGAUGUACCCAUUUAUGAGGAUAUGGUACAGUUCCGUGUUGCACCAUGGAUUAUGACACCAAACACUCUUGAAGCUGAAAUUGUUUAUGUUUGUGAUACACGGGAUAACAAACACUUUGUUGAGAAGUUGAGGGGCUUUGUGGAGGGUUUGUCCGGCAUUCAACUGGUCGUCUGUGGUUUGGAUGGCAACCGAGGAGACCGGUGGAUGCAGGAUGAGAUUGAACUUGGCUACACAGAGGUCCCCCAGCGCCAACCGAUGGCAGUCGUUCUGGACUCGCCAAGGGAACGAGGUCUCUGCAAAUUCUCUCAAAGGCAGUGCCUGGGUCCAGACUUUGGUUACGCAACACGGAACACAAGCAGACACAAAGCAAACUCUCUGGAUUCAUUUGGAAACCUAGAGGUCAGCCCUCCUGUUAAACUAAAUGGAAAGGAUUUUCCUCUUGGACGCAUCCUCAUUGGCAAUGCCUUAACCAGUUCUUUAAAGGGCCGUCGCAUGAUGAGAGUUGUCAAUCGUUUCCUGUAUGCACAGAAAGUUCAGCCAGUCAUUGAGCUGUUUUCUGAUUGGCUAAAUGUUGGCCAUAUUGAUGAGUUUAUGACCUUCGUGCCUGUACCUGGUAGUCGACAGGGAUUCCGACUGUGUUUGGCAUCCCCAAAUAAGGCCUAUGGUAUUUUGGAGAAGCUUCAGACUGAUGGACAUGGUGAUGUAGUUAUGUUUGAAGGUAAGAGGGCAUCGCGCCGCAGCAAGCAAAUGAAGCAGGAAACAGUCUCAGAGUUGCUAGCCAACCAGACACUGCGUGCUGAAAAUAAAAAGUUCCAGGCAUAUAUUGACUUCAACCGAGACAUUUUGAAGAGGGAACUUGGACUAGAGGAAGGGGACAUUGUAGAUAUUCCCGAAAUCUUCAUCAACGAGUUGGAUCCCAAGAACGAGACGAUUGAACCUCAGGCUACCAGCUAUUUUCCAGAUAUGGUCAACAUGUUGGUGUUGGGGAAGAACCUUGCCAUUCCUAAACCGUUUGGCCCAGUAAUUGAUGGCGAGUGUGCAUUUGAGAGGUAUGUUCGCUCAGCUUUGGAGCCACUUGGCCUGUCCUGUUACUUCCUGGACGACUGGUACACGUACCAUCUGCAAGGUGGCGAAGUGCACUGUGGCACUAACACCAAGCGCAAGCCCUUCUCUGUGAAGUGGUGGGAUCUAGAUUUACCCAGGAUGUGUCAAUGAACGUGUGUAUAUUGCAUGGUGUAACCAGCCAAUCUACAAAGAAAUUUCUACUGAAGUGCCUUGUGUUUCUAGGGGGGUCAAUGUCAGUGUCACAAGUGUUCAUGACAUCGUAACAAUAGUGUGUCAUAACCUUUGCGUGGCACUUCACAUCAAAAGUUAUGGCAUUUUAGACUCAUGAUUUCAUAACUGCUUAUAAUGCUUCUGAUGAUAGUCUCCAGGUUUUAUGCCCACAUUGUAAUCAAAAGAAUACCUAGUAAAGAAUUUUAGUUUUGUGAUGUAAUUACAUCAAUGAGGGAUGAAACUCUCCCGAAUAUUUGCAUGAAAUAUAUAUUUUUGUUUGAUUCACAUAUAUCCAUGCAGAAAAGGGUUAUAUUGGCGUUUAGCAUGUCCACUAUUUUUGCAGCUCAUUGUUCACUAUAUACAAUUUAAAAUAUUUUUUAGCAGAAUAGUACAAUUUCCCACCAAGUAAGUGGCUAGUAUAAGUAAGUGGUAAGUGGUUAGUAAGUAAGUAGCUAGCAUUUAUCAUGGAUUGCACUAUAUGCACUAUAGUGUGAGAGCAGCUUAAACUUGUAUUUUAUAUAAUUUUAUUUUCAUUUUAGAAGUUUUGUUAUUCGAGGAGGUGGGAGCAGGUGUUUGUCAGUGUGCGCAAAGUUAAAACGAGCUUCUUGUUGAAAGGGGGUGAGAAGUGCUUGGGGACUCUCGUUUUAAUCUAGUUGAAAUCAAAGAAAUGUUAGUAUGCAAAGAAAAUUAGUGACGUCAGGGCUUACAAAUGCGUUAUGGAGUAAAAGAAAAAUCAAAAUAUAUAAAAAUUAUGUAAAAGAAAAGUCGGGUAUAUAUGAGAUUAAAAUUUCAAUUAUUAUCAUUGUUCUUUUGAUGAUCAUGUUAUGAAAGUAAUCUUUAUAUACAUUGGAAAAUAUAUUUUACAUUGUUAACCACAA